AUGGCACAUUACAAACCAAGACUGUCGAAGGAGAAUUUUUCUGAAUAUCUGAAGCUUGGGUUAGCUCUGAAAAUAACAAAAGAAGGGUUACAAGGCAUUGUUGAAAAAGAAACAAAUGAUUUCCAUUGCACUAUUCUUCGGGAAAUCAGUGGAAAACAGCAUUGUUCAGAAUGUCGAAUCGAAAACAUUUUAGAAUGUCCUACAACCGGGCUCUGCUCACCAAAACAUUGUUCCUUCCAUAGCUCGUCUUUGAGACAACCACGCCAAUGCCCAAAUGAUUGCUGUAAUAUCAUAAGAGACAAAAUCAGAGAAAAUUUCAGAUACUAUGAACAUGGCGUAUUGGAACCAUCUUGGAGCAAUACAAAUGCCGAACUAUGGACUAAAACCCCUUUCCAAGUGAUGAAAUGUUAUUUACCUAGAAGUGAGUACAAGGCAGUAGGGACAAUAGAGGAUGUUGACUUAAAUGGCCUUAUCAGUAUUAUUAGGAACAACAAGAGGUUCGAUAAAAUCGUUUCUGACGACACGAAAGAAAAUGACAUCAUUUAUUUCAAG